GUGGCAUGAAGAAGAUAAGAAAAUUAUAAUAAAUUUUUACAAAUAGUUAAAAUUAAUGGUUACCUUUUAAAUAUCCAGUUGAGGAUAAACUAUGGCCAAUAAGGAAAUAUUUUCCAAGCACAUCAAAUCAAAUGUGAAACUUGCAACGCGUUAUGAUGCGGAGGGGCGUGAAGUACAGGUGGAACGUAGAGAGGACACAGAUGCCACAGCCAAAGAAAAGGAGACUUUUGAAUUGCUGAUAAAUGCCGGUUACUAUAGGGCCUGUAUCAAGGGUCUGUCAGCUUUCGAUAAGGUGGUGGGUGGAAUGACAUGGUGCAUAGAAUGUUGUGAUUAUGAUGUGGAUGUUGAUUUGCUGUUUCAUGAGAAUCUAACCAUUGGACAAAAAAUUUCUUUGGUGGAGAAAAUUGUGGCGGUUUUGCCUCAAAUGAAGUGCCCUUUUCGCAUAGAACCCCAUCAGAUACAAGGUUUAGAAUUUUUAAGUAUACAUCCUGUCAUACAAUGGCUAGUUAAGAAAUCCGUCGAAAAUCGAGCAGAGCGAAAUAUGCGCCUGAAAAAGUUUGCCAUAGGUCAAUUUCAUAAUGAUUAUCAAUAUAAAAGCGAUAAACAAAAUCUGGAGAAAAUAAGAAGGGCUUCGGUUCACAUUAAAAAGAUACAAGAAAUUUACAAUCCCGUCCGCCAGUAUCAACGCAAAGAUACCUCUGAAGAGGAUGUAAGGACAAAAGUGCAUUUGACACUGCUGGAAUAUGGAGGCCUACCAUUGGUGCCUAGUCUUGAUGCCGAGGGACAAAAUAAAGACAAGGAAACGGAACCUGAUAUUGAAAAGUUACUUAACAAUUUAGUACUCACAAAAGAGGAUAGCACCGUGGGAUCACCACAAAAACUUGAUCAUGCAACACGUACGGCAUUAAGGAAACACUAUCAAGAAUUCAAACAUGAAAUGGAAACGGACGCUAAGGAAUUAACAGAGCAAAAUCAAAUAAAAGCAUUAGAGACCACCAAACACAACUUGCAAAGUAAAUUGGAGCGUAAUCAGAAAGAUGCCAAAGAAGUGCUUGAACUUUUAGAAAAAGAAAGAGAACAACUUGCGAAAGAAAAUGCCCAAAAGGAGGAGAUGGAAAAGCAAAUAGAGGAGUUUAAGAAAAUCGAACAAACAGUAGAUAAGGGACUGCUGGACAAAGUGCAAAGCCUUCUCAAACAACAUGAUGAUUUGAAAAAAGAAGAAUCAGAAUUUAAGGAACACUGCCGCAAAGAUCUGGCAGCAUUACAAGAGCAAAUAGACGAACUGGAAGCCUUCAAUGCUCAAGAUCCAAAGGAAAGGGAACAGGCGGUAGCCAAAGAAAAAGAGCGCAUACAAAUUUUAAAAUUACAAUUAGCCAAAAGGAAUCGAGGUAUAUUGGCCAUACAAAGACAAUUGGAUAAUACCCCCGAUCGUACUGAGUUGGCACAGUAUCAAAGACGUUUUCAUGAGUUGUACAAUGAAAUGAGUGCCAAACAUUUAGAAACUAAGCAAUAUUAUACCCUAUUCAAUACACUCAAUGAUCAAAAACGCUAUAUGGAGAAAGAGCUGUCUUUGCUGAAUUCCAUUUGUGAGACAUUCAACGAGGGUAUGAUGACGCAACAUGGUCGCGAAGAAUUCAUACAACAGUUUGAGCAGAUUGUGCAUGGGGUGAAACAAACCGAGUUGAAGGUUAAACACAAACUCAUGGAAGAGAAGAAACGUCGUGAUGCGCUCAAUGAAGAACUCCAAGGACUGCUCGAAUUGCAACGCCAAUAUGCGGCUGCUGUUAAACAACUGACCAUAGAAUGUCAAAAAUGUGAGGAGCUGCAACAGCAACUAAAGUCUGGUCGCAAAUAAUAAAGUUAGCAUCAGACUCUAACAUUAACACCAACACCAAUACCAAGCACCACAUAUACACUUUAUUAUAUAGCAUUUUCGAAAAUAUCAUUUGACAAUUCCAAGCAAUAUAUAUAUAUUAUCUGUUUUGUUUCGUUUUCUUUGUUUCCUUAUGUAUUCGGUAUUCCUGUAUAGUCCUAUGUUUUAAGUAAAGAGAUUACAAAAAACAAAACUUAUAUUUAGCCAUUUAUCUAGUAAAUAUUUUUUAUUUAUAUGAAAAUACUAUACAUACUAUACAUA